GGCGCCGCUGGGGCGCAGGGCCGCGCGCCGCGGCCCGGCCCGGAGCACCGGCAAGUUCGCUGAGAGUUGGGCGAAGUUUGGGCGGCCCGGCCAGCCCCGGCCGAGCGCCCUUCUGCGCCCCCGGCGUUCCUCCGAGCCCAGCCCCGCCGGGGGCGCCCCUCGCCGCGCGCGCGCCGGCCCCAGCCAUGUCGUCCAUCCUGCCCUUCACUCCCCCGAUCGUGAAGCGCCUGCUGGGCUGGAAGAAGGGCGAGCAGAACGGGCAGGAGGAGAAGUGGUGCGAGAAGGCGGUCAAGAGUUUGGUCAAGAAGCUCAAGAAGACGGGGCAGCUGGACGAGCUGGAGAAGGCCAUCACCACGCAGAACGUCAACACCAAGUGCAUCACCAUCCCCAGGUCCCUGGAUGGCCGGUUGCAGGUGUCUCAUCGGAAAGGGCUGCCCCACGUCAUCUACUGCCGCCUGUGGCGGUGGCCCGACCUGCACAGCCACCACGAGCUGCGGGCCAUGGAGCUGUGUGAGUUCGCCUUCAACAUGAAGAAGGAUGAGGUCUGCGUGAACCCCUACCACUAUCAGAGGGUAGAAACCCCAGUUCUACCUCCUGUAUUGGUGCCGCGCCACACAGAGAUCCCGGCCGAGUUCCCCCCGCUGGACGACUACAGCCAUUCCAUCCCCGAGAACACUAACUUCCCCGCGGGCAUCGAGCCCCAGAGCAAUAUUCCAGAAACCCCACCCCCUGGCUACCUGAGUGAAGAUGGAGAGACCAGUGACCACCAGAUGAACCACAGUAUGGAUGCAGGUUCUCCAAACCUAUCCCCGAAUCCGAUGUCCCCAGCACACAGUACCCUGGACCUGCAGCCUGUCACCUACUGCGAGCCGGCCUUCUGGUGCUCCAUCUCCUACUACGAGCUGAACCAGCGCGUCGGGGAGACGUUCCAUGCCUCGCAGCCCUCCAUGACUGUGGAUGGCUUCACUGACCCCUCCAACUCGGAGCGCUUCUGCCUGGGGCUGCUCUCAAACGUCAACAGGAAUGCUGCCGUGGAGCUCACCAGGAGGCACAUAGGGCGAGGCGUGCGGCUCUACUACAUCGGUGGGGAGGUCUUCGCGGAGUGCCUCAGCGACAGCGCCAUCUUCGUCCAGUCCCCCAACUGCAACCAGCGCUAUGGCUGGCACCCCGCUACCGUCUGCAAGAUCCCCCCAGGAUGCAACCUGAAGAUCUUCAACAACCAGGAGUUUGCCGCCCUCCUGGCUCAGUCUGUCAACCAGGGCUUCGAGGCCGUCUACCAGCUGACACGAAUGUGCACCAUCCGCAUGAGCUUCGUCAAAGGCUGGGGCGCGGAAUACAGGAGACAGACAGUGACCAGCACCCCCUGCUGGAUCGAGCUGCACCUGAAUGGGCCCUUGCAGUGGCUUGACAAGGUGCUCACCCAGAUGGGAUCCCCAAGCAUCCGCUGUUCCAGCGUGUCUUAGAGACAGUGGGUGAGGGCAGGGAGAGUGGGCUUGGGGAAAUGGCCUUGGAGGAGGUGGAGAAGAAAUUGGAACUCAGCUCACCGUUACCAAGAAGAAACUGUUCUCCGCCAAAGUGGCUCCAACCUGGUUUCGGAAACAGAAGCAAAACCAGAGACGGAUUUUAUGAACAGCCACGUCUGCUGGACAUAGUUGCCCCUUGGCUACUGCUCUGAUGCCCUGAGCACACAGGUAGUGUUUCACCAUCCGCCCCCUCACCCCAGCCUCUUCCUUAACAGCAGCACCUGGGCUGUCACUGCCCAACAGGAAAUGACCCUCUGUUCAGCUGGAGCGUGGAAGUCACCGUGGAAGGCUAUUCUCUGUAGGGAAACGCCUGCAGGGUCUCUAGCAAACCUCGCACUCAGCCCUCCAGCGCUUUGACACCUCCUCGAUUGAGCUUUCCUGGGCCCAGCGCUCUGCAGAUCCUGGACUGAGGUGGGGGCUUGUCCCCCUUCCCUCACGGAGCAUGCUGCCUGGUGUGCAGGGGAGGACAGUAGGAAAAGUUGGUGACAGACACCUCUUUAAAAACCUGAUUAUGUUUGUCCUUUCUCACGCUGAACGGUAGGAGAGACCUGCUGAGGCUCGGUACAUACGCAUGGUAUGGUUUCCAUUCCCACGUUAAUCUCAGAUUUGAACUCUGAAGUGCUCCCGGGAGCACGCGGCCGUGACGGGGGUCUGGGCUAAGGCCGCACUACACUGCGAGGGUCUCCGGUCAUUCUCCAUAUUCUCAUGCAUUCGGCUAUAUUGGUUUAUGUAGUCAGUUGCAUUAAUUAAAUGAACUUUAUCAUAUGCUCUUUUAAAUGUUUGUUUUAUAUAUUUUUAAAAAUCCCUGGUUGGCACAUUGACUGGGAAACCAGAGUUGGGACCCAGCAACGUCUCUCCCAAGGUGAAGCUUUUCCAGGUUUUGCUGAGAAGACACCUGCCAGCAGUUUUCAGAAGCUGGAAUUAACAGAGACAAAUUCACCAGAAGGGAAAAAUCUCAGGCCAACACAGGCAAGUGAAAAGGGCUAUUAAAAUUUUUUUACACCUUUGAAAAUUACAGGCUUGGUGCAAAGAGGUCUGUCAUCUUUCCCCUGGGAUAUAUGAUUAUCUAGCUCACGGCAGAGGAGCAUCAGUGACAGCUCUGGCAGUUAUAUUGUAUAAUAUAGUAAGUACUGCUCCCAGUAGCAAUUAGUGAGAAAAACUAUUAUAAAUUAUUUCAACUGGAAAAAAGCCCUUUUCUUAGACUGGCCUUUUGCGGAACACAGCAGACAAAAUUGCCACUUGUAAUUGGUACUUUAUUCUUUGCUGCUGUGUUUGUAUGAGUUAUCCCAUAUUUUUGCAUGGAAUUUCUAUGAGGAAAAAGAAAGGGAUUUCCUAUGGAAGUCCUGUCUUAUUCCAGGUGGAGAGGACAGAGUAAAAUUUCAAAUGUGAGGACAUUUCUGAUGCUAUGUGGAGAUUUGGGGAGCUCCCUGGUGCCUCACCUGCAGGAUCCUGUGCUUCUGAAGCUCUAGCCUUGAGCUUUCCAGGUAGGAGGGCUGUUCUCCAGGCAUCCUGAGGACACAGGAAGAGACAGAGGAGCACUUUCAGACCAGAGCUAGGUCUUCUCACACGGGAUCUUGGCACAGAACCCAGAGACAACACAGAAACCCCUUACGCCACCUGAGAGGGACACUACAUGGCAGGUCUGAAGCUGGGGCCUGGUGCACUCUGUGGGCAGCUUCUCAUAGCUGCAGGAAGCUACCUGAACCUUCGGGACAUGUGUUCAUCAUGCUCGAGGUCAGGUCUGACAUCAGCUAUGAAUUUCAGCUCCGACUAAAGAGCAAUACAGGGCCUCCUGGGCAGUGGUCUUGAGGGCCUAGUCACCUGCCACAUGAUCCCCAAUAGGCACGUGCCCUGCACACAGCCGUCCUCCAGGUGCAGCUGCGCCAGGAGUCCUGCUUGGUUAUAGCUGGAUGGCUUCUAAGCCCCCUCAAGGCUCAGAGCUGAAGGCUACUUCCAAGGGGAGUGAAAUUUUAGUUUUGUGUUUUUCCAAAAGCUUGGCCUUUUUUUCUUUACGGACUAGACUGCUGGAGGAGGAUGCGUGAGGAAUUGUAGGCAAGCCCACCUCUGGUGCCAAUGAAAAUAAAUGCGCUCAAACCUGAAGGUUGGGGCCACUGCAACCAUAGAGGCUGCGUAGGUAGGUGCUUCGGCCACAUUAAUAGUAGUGUCCUUCCUUUUAGUUUCAAAAGCCUCUUGUCUGGAUGGCAUUUAUACAUUAAAAACUUUAAAAAAAAAGGCUAGUCGAAAGGGGCAAGAGGACAGCAGGAUUUGAAUGGUGUGCUGACCAGGCAACGCUCCAUGCGUGCGUUGUUCCAGGCUCCCUGCCAGGCAGGGCCUUCACCCUGCGGGGUAUGCCAACACUGACCUGAGGGCAGCUAACACAGCCUUCUCCUCAGCACCUCCCCCAGGAGCCAACUUUCAUUCCCUUUUUCGCUCUUCCCUACCCCCCUUCUUCCUGACUUUAUUUAGAAACUCAGAUCCUUCCAGCAUAAAAGGUAGGUAGCUGCCCCCAGCAGGUUCGGGUUACAGGCCUGUGCUGGAACAUCAUCUCAGUUGGCCACCUUCCUGGCAGGCUGCUGGAGACCUGACAUUUUAAAAGAGGCCUAGGGCCAGGAGCUGGGCCUUGAUGACGCUUACCUGAGGAGGAGCACACGCAGGCAUGGCCGCUGGCAGACGUCUCCAUUAUCCUCACGUUUGCCUGGUUCCAGCCUUUCAUUGAUGGUGGUGAUGAUUUUUUUUUUUAAAUCGUUGUAAAUGUAUUGGAAUGAGCUAUAGCACAGGUCUUGUGCUUAGUUUUCAUUUUUCUCUAUCUUUCCUCGAGUUUUGGAAUAUUCCAGGGCUAAAUGCUUUUACUGAAACCACAAAAGAGGAGUUCUGGGUAGUGUGCAUGUCACGCAUGUAUGUGAGUAGGCUGGGGAGAAAGCAAAUACCUGAUUUCAUUCUUAGCCUGGCUGCCAUUUCUGAAGUGCCCUGCAGAGCCACGUUAGGCCAGGCUCCCGUGUCAUUAAGAGGAGGAGGAAAAAGGAACCUGCAGGCAGCUUGUGGGAUUUCAGGAGGGGUGACCAGUAGCAAGAGAGGGCAGUUUACGUUCUGGAGCCUGUUUCUGGUGGGUGACUGUAGAUGGCAGAGUUGGGAGUUUUCUCACCAUCUACACAUGUCCUUGCUCUACUACAAGAAAAGCCCAACAUGGCUCAGUGGCAACCCUUUUCCUUUUCCUUUGUGUGGCAUAAGUGUUCCCUUCACAAUGUACCUCACCCUUGUAAGGAGCUCAGCUGCUUCGCCAGUGGGUGAGAAGAGCAGACAAAUGUGCACAGAAAGAUCCGGAUCAGGUGAGGCCUGUCGGUGGAAGGGAGUCAAUGAGCUGACUUGAUACAUGGGCAACUUUUCAGAAACACAGCUAUCAAAUAAUUUGCCUGUCGUGUAAACUGGAUUGAGACAUUCUGUGACUUUUUUUUUUUUUUUUUUAUGCUGAAGUAAUGUAUACUCUAGCAUUCUGGUGUUUUUAUAUUUAUGUAAUAAUUUCUUAAAACCAUUCAAGACAGAUAUUUAAAUUUUUUUGCAGAAAGCUGGAAAGUUCUCUCCUCCCACAGACAGAGGCUAGGAGGAGUUGGGGGGCAUGCCAGUUCUGAAUAUUGGUUGAGGGGACCUUGGCUUUUUGACUCAACAUCUAGAAACCCCCAACCCAGACUGGCUACAACCAGGUAGAGCAUGUAAGAACAGGCAGCGCAAGGUAGGCCCGUCCUCUGACCCAAGCCCCUGCCGCAGGUGAGAACUUUACAGAGGGAGGGACCUACCUUCACCCCGGUGGUCAUUCACCGCCACUGCUGCUGUCACAAGAGGGCUGCUCUGGACUCGUUCUGGUGUGUUUGGGUGGGGGAUAGACGGUGGAGGAGGUCGAUGACCUUCACUUCUCAGCCAGCCUGACCUUUUAAUACCUUUGUAAAAAGCAUGUAUUUAUAGUGUUUUAGAUUUUUCUAACUUUUGUAUCUUAAGAGCACCUGUUUAAGCAUUGUACCCCCUAUUGUUAAGAAUCUGUGUCCUCUCCUCUUCCCCCUGUAAGUGCCCUUCUAAUAAACUUUUCAUUGAAAAGCUCCUGUGCCAGGAGCUCAGUCUCAUUCUUGCUGCCACAUCUGGCUGGGGAGAACAUUUGAAAGGGCGCCCAGAGGAAAAUGUCUACAAACCCAGCACAUGCCAGGCCCCACAACCUCCUAGGAUGCCCUGCUGCCCUUAUUUACUCACCAAGGGCAACACGCAGUGCCAGCCAGUCCUUACACGAGAGCGGGGGUCCUGGUCUCCUAAAUGGUGUGUUGCUUGCUCACCAUGUCCAGCCACUGCACAAGUCCCGCUGCUGAUGUCUCUGCGCUGUCGUGUGGCCCUCACCUCCUCUGCCCUUGAUGGCUGUUAGCGAAUAAUGGACCAUCACCGUCCUUUCCAGGCCUGUCUCUUCCAUACUGUCACCGAGUCCUAAGUGCCACCAAAUUCACCCGCCCACAGGCCGAGGUUGUUUUAGAGUCAUAGAUAAGAGGGCUUUCACACUUUGCAGCUCACAUUGCUUUGUUAGCUCCCACGGAGCAAAAGACUUCAGAGUUGCUUCCUUGGCUGAAUCUUACAUUGACCCCAGAUGUGGAUUAAGAAACA